UUCGUCAUGUGGCAGUAGUGAUCAAUUGAAGUUUUUGCCGUCUGGUUUAUACUUCAACGCUCGGUUAUAAAGACAGUUUAGCAUAAUCUCUGCAUCAGUGCUUGUGUGUUAAACGUUAGUUUAUCUAUGCGUUAUAAAGCAGUGUUAUAUUGACUGUUGUGUGAUGGCGUGUGUGGAGUAUGGUGAAGUGUGAUUGGUCUGUGUAGUGAGUCUGCUCAUGGCGUGUGUAUUAUGGGCGGUGCGCAGACAAGCGCCCUGCGUCAGGUUAGUAGCUGUGCAGCUUUUGAGACCCAAUAAAUGCACUGAAGUAACAGACAAACGGAAUUUACAUGCUUUACAGAACACAACUCUACACAGUCAGGUCAGACGGCUCAGUGCACCUGUAAGGAUGCCGGAAAUUAACAUGGAUAAUCUGGAUGAAAAGCAAGUCCAGUUGCUUGAAGAGAUGUGUAUUCUGAUCGAUGAGAAUGACAAGAAGAUUGGAGCUGACAGCAAGAAAAACUGUCAUCUAAACUCAAACAUUGACAAAGGGCUAUUGCAUCGAGCUUUUAGUGUUUUCCUGUUUAACAGUGAUGAAAAACUGCUCCUACAGCAGAGAUCUGAUGCCAAAAUCACUUUUCCAGGCUGUUUUACCAAUACCUGCUGUAGCCAUCCUCUACACACUCCUAUUGAACUAGAGGAAAAGGAUGCCAUGGGGGUCCGAAGAGCCGCACAAAGACGUCUUGAAGCUGAACUCGGCAUUCCUGUUGAUCAGGUUCCCCCAGAAGAGAUGACCUACCUGACACGCAUCCAUUACAAAGCCCAGUCAGAUGGCGUAUGGGGGGAGCACGAGAUUGACUACAUCCUCUUCAUGCACAAGGAUGUGGUUCUGAAUCCAGACCCCAAUGAGAUCCAGAGCCACUGUUACGUCUCCAAAGAGGAGCUAAAGGAGAUCCUGGAGAAGGCCAAGAAGAAAGAGUUACAGGUUACACCCUGGUUCAGCCUCAUCGCUGAAACCUUCCUCUUCAAGUGGUGGGACAACCUCCAUAACCUCAAACAGUUCAUCGAUCACAACAGGAUCCACAGAAUGUGAACAGCUUCAUUGUUGGUUGAUAAUAGGCACUUCAUUAACAUGAAAGACUGACUUGUGUGACCCUGAGAUUUGUUGAGCUCUGGUUUGUACCUUGUCAAAACUUGUUUCUAAUUUAAAGGCAUAUUAGUAUACUGUAUCAUGGUUAUAAUGUCACAGAUGCAGAAUUUGCAAACUUUCUGUCAUCUUUAAAAAAAAAAUUAGGUAACAAGUGCCUAUUUUGAAUAUUGUUAUAUGAGAGAAUAUUUAUUGUAGAUUGGACUACAUUAAGUGUACUCACCGAAUUUACGAUGAUAUGUAAAGCUGAUUUAAUUAUUCAUAUUUUUUAGAAAAGCCAAAUAAACGCAUGUUUAUUUAUU